AUGGGCCUGCAAACACGGCUUGGCAAUCUGGUUCGAACGCCGAGACACCUGCACUUUGAUCCCAUCGGACCUUUCGGCAAGGAUAGAGUUGCACUUGAUGCGAACGCUAAAGACGAGUGUGUGAAACGCGAAAAAUCUUUGGCAGCAGAAGCACAACUGCGGCCGCUGGUUGGCGCCGCAGGUCAGUCAGACAAGCUCAAGCACAAGACAACGGAGGUAGGCGACAAAGAAUCUAUCGCAAAGCCAUCAAGCGAGAAUACCCACAUCGAAACGAACAUCAACUCUGGUUCUUGCAAUACACGGCCUGAUGAUCGAAGAUCCGACAACCCUGACAUCAACAACUCGGCUCCGAACAAUCUAGGCUCUGACAGACCAGACCACAAAGAAUCAGAUUCCGAAAGUGAGCCAAAUGUCGCUGGAGGUGGCUCUUCUACAGCACAGAAGACACCACGUAAGACCACAACCCGAGGAACAGGAGGUAGAGGCGGCAGGGGAGGUCGAGGUGGUGGAGGUAGUGGACGUGGUGAAGGAGGAGGAGGACCUGGUGGUGGUGACGGUGCCCAACAUCGUCGAGCAAGUUCAAACAAAGGUCCGUGGAAAGCGCAAGCGACAGACAUCUGA